AUGCAUGUGGUGACUGGUGCCAUGGGAAGCCUGCUCCCCAAGCUGGGCCAGUUGCUCAUGGAGGAGUACAAGCUGCACAAACGCGUCAAGAAUGAUGUCGAGUUCCUGCGGAAGGAGCUUGAGAGCAUGCACACUGCCCUUAUCAAGGUUGGUGAGGUACCGCGGCACCAGCUCGACAAGCAAGUCAAGCUCUGGGCCGAUGAAGUUAGAGACCUCUCCUACAACAUGGAGGAUGUGGUUGACAAGUUCCUCGUACGUGUCGAUGGCGUUGAUCCUCACGACAACACCGACAGAUUCAAGGGGAUCAUGAGGAAGAUGAUUGGCUUGUUCAAGAAAGGCAAGAAUCACCAUCAGAUAGCUGACGCUAUCAAGGAGAUCAAGGAGCAACUCCAGGAGGUGGCCGCUAGGCGUGACAGGAACAAGGUCGAGGGUAUUGCCUCUAAUCCCAUGGAAGCAAUACCUAUCGAUCCUUGUCUUAGAGCUUUGUAUGCUGAAGCGACAGAGCUAGUUGGUAUCUACGGGAAGAGGGAUGAGGACAUCAUGCGGUUGCUAUCCAUGGAGGGCGAGGACGAUGCCUCUAACAAGAGACUGAAAAAGGUCUCCAUCGUUGGAUUUGGUGGGUUAGGCAAGACCACUCUUGCCAAAGCAGUAUACGAAAAUAUCAAAGGUGAUUUUGAUUGUCGGGCAUUUGUCCCCGUCGGUCAGAACCCUGACAUGAAGAAGGUUUUUAGGGAUAUCCUCAUAGAUCUCCGUGUGUCUAACUCAGAGCUUGCGGAAUUGGAUGAAAGGCAGCUUAUCAACAAGCUUCAUGAAUUUCUCGAGAACAAGAGGUACCUUGUCAUCAUUGAUGACAUAUGGGAUGCAAAAUUGUGGGAAAGAAUCAACUUUGCUUUCUCUAACAGGAACAAUUUAGGCAGUCGUCUAAUAAUCACAACCCGCAUUUUCAGUGUCUCCAAAUCAAGUUGCAUGUUGCCUGAUGAUGCAGUUUAUGAAAUGAAACCUCUUUCUGAUGAUGACUCCAGAAGUCUCUUCUAUAAAAGAAUAUUUCCUAGCGAGAGUGGAUGUCCAAAUGAAUUUGAACAAGUGUCUGAAGACAUUUUGAAGAAGUGUGGUGGGGUACCACUAGCUAUCAUUACUAUAGCUAGUUCUUUGGCUAGUGGCCAAAAGGUAAAGCCAAAGAGUGAAUGGGACAUCCUCCUCCAGUCCCUUGGCUCUGGACUAACAAAAGAUAACAGUUUAGAGGAGAUGCGGAGAAUACUCUCUUUCAGCUAUUAUGAUCUACCCGAUCAUCUGAAAACUUGUUUGUUGUACCUAUGUAUAUAUCCAGAAGAUAGCAUGAUUGAUAGAGAUAGACUUAUAUGGAAGUGGGUGGCCGAAGGAUUUAUCCACCAGGGAAAUCAAGGGACUAGCUUGUUUUUGCUCGGAUUAAAUUACUUCAACCAACUUAUUAAUAGAAGUAUGAUCCAGCCAAUAUAUGAUGGUCUAGGCGAGGUAUCUGCUUGUCGUGUUCAUGAUAUGGUUCUGGACCUUAUCUGCAACUUGUCACAUGAAGCAAAAUUUGUCAAUGUAUUGAAUGGCACACGAGAUAGCAUGUCUUCUCAGAGCAAUGUUCGUCGUUUGUCCCUUCAAGAUGGAAGUAAAGAUCACCAAGGCAGACCUCUCAGGAAUUUCACGGGUAUAUCACGAGUGAGGUCAAUUACUAUCUUCCCACCUGCUAUUAAUAUCAUGCCAGCCCUGUCAAGGCUUGAAGUUUUACGUGUACUUGAUCUAUAUCACUGUAAUCUUGGGAAAAAUAGCAGCCUGCAGCAUAGGCUUAGGGAUGUUGGACAUCUGAUUCACCUAAGGUACCUAGGCCUAGCAGGUACUAAAAUUAGUGAACUCCCGGCUGAGAUUGGAAACCUACAGUUUCUAGAGGUGUUGGAUCUUGAAGACAAUUCUGAACUACGUAACUUGUCGUCGACUAUUUGUAAGUUGAGAAGAUUAAUCUGCCUACAUGUUCAUAGGGAUGAGGUGGCUCCGGGUGUGUUGCAGAAUCUCACAUCCAUUGAAGUGUUGAGGAGGCUCGUUGUGUCUCUGAAUACUGUUGCACAAGAGCUUGGCAACCUAGUAAGGCUGAGGGAGCUUCUAGUUUGCUUCAUCAAUGUUGGUUUGGAUUUGUAUGAAGGUUUUGUGAAGUCUGUGUGCAACCUACAUCACAUCGAAAGUCUUCGUAUCUACAGUGUAAGAGCAUCUUCAGAACUCAUGGAUCUCUUGGGAGAACGAUGGGUUCCUCCUGGACAUCUCCGCAGAUUUGAGGCACACAUGCCUAGCCAACUUUCGGCACUACGAGGGUGGAUAAUGAGAGACCCCUUGCAUCUCUCGAACCUCUCCGAUUUAGUCCUCACGUCAGUAAAGGAAGUGCAACAAGAGGACAUGGAAAUAAUUGGGGGCUUGUUGUCCCUUCGAGGUCUCCAGAUAAAGAGCACCCAGCAAACGCAACGGCUGCUAGUCAUCCGUGCAGAUGUGUUCCGUUGUAUGAUAUGCUUUGACUUGGAUUGUGGAUCAGGAGCGCAAAUAGUGUUUGAACCAGGAGCUUUGCCGAGGACGGAAGGACUUAGGUUCAGCCUCGGCGUGCGGGUGACGAAAGAGGAUGGUAACCAUGGCUUCGACUUGGGCCUGCAGGGGAACCUGCUCUCCCUUCGGACGUUUGUGUGGGUUCAAAUCUAUUGUGGUGGAGCGAGGGUGGGGGAGGCAAAGGAAGCGGAUGCUGUGGUGAGGCACACACUCAGGUCCCAUCCCAACCAUCCCGGGAUUAUAUCCCUUAUGUUUAAUAUGAUCCCGAAUAUAGCAGAAGAUGCUCAUGAUGACGAUUUGUGUGAGCACGAGGAGAAGAAGGAGUGUGAUUUUUUGUAG